GACAUAACACUAUGAUCCAUGUUACAAAACUGCCAACUGCUACCAAAUGAAGCUACACAAAAAUGGCUGCCUUUUCUCCUUUACAAACUCUCUCCUCCUCCUCCUCCUGUGCCAGCAAACCAACUGUCCAUGUUCCCACGUUGGCUACACCUAGACCCAUGUCUCUAAACAUGACCCGAAAGCGAGGAUCAUUGACCGUGGUUAAUGCCGUUGGCGAUGUGUCCUCCGAUGGCACAGUGUAUCUCAUUGCCGGUGCAGCUGCCGUUGCGCUUCUCGGGACCGCCUUCCCGAUUAUCUUUUCCCGCAAAGACACGUGCCCAGAGUGCGAUGGUGCAGGGUUCGUGAGGAAAUCGGGCGGGAGGUUGAAUGCAAAUGCAGCUAGGAAGGACCAGGCACAGAUCGUUUGUGCGAAUUGCAAUGGUUUAGGCAAACUCAAUCAAGUUGAUAAGUAGUACAUUUGUCUUUGCUUUCAUUAUUAUGGUUUUUGUAUCUAAUGCAACAAUUUAGUAUGAACAUUUAAAUGAUAUUUACAAAAUAAAAAUGGUUCCUAUGAAUUGGUAA